GGAAAAAAAUAAUAGAUACAUGCACAUACACAUAUACAAACAUCAUCUAGGCCAGUUUGCAUGGAUUAUGUGUUGAUUUAGUGCGGCAGGCGGGAGUCGUGGUAGAAACAGCACUGAUCGAUGAAUUAAAAUAGGUCUUUAUUGCAGUUAAAUGGCUCUACAUUUUCCUCACACGGGAAUGGUCUUCUAGCGGAUUGCGAGGUCUGUGUUUGAUCCCGACAUCCGCAGCAGUUACGCCCCACCAUCAUUAUCAUCUUUCGGGUGGGCUCCGUCGAUCAGCGGGUGGAUAUUUCUCUCUGUUAAUAUCUCCAGACAUCGGGAAUCAUGGGGAACAGCACCUCAUGCUGCGUGUCGUCCAGCCCGAAGCUUCGGAGGAUCGCGCACUCUAGGCUGGAGCCAUACCGGCCCGAACAGGAGCUGAGCCGAGAAGACACCGGCUGCAACCUCCAGCACAUCAGCGACAGAGAGAACAUAGACGAACUCAACAUGGAGUAUAACCCCUCUGACCACCCACGUGCCAGUACCAUCUUCCUCAGCAAGUCUCAAACAGAUGUUCGGGAAAAAAGGAAAAGUCUGUAUGUCAACCAUCAACAUCCGUCUGGUCCAGUGAGACGCAAGUACAGCUCCUGUUCUACGAUUUUCCUAGACGACAGCACCGUCAGUCAACCCAACCUCAAAUAUACUAUCAAAUGUGUCACCCUUGCAAUAUACUACCACAUAAAGAACAGAAAUGUGGACGGGCGAAUGCUGUUAGACAUUUUUGAUGAAAAACUUCAUCCACUUUCAAAAUCGGAAGUGCCAUCGGAUUAUAACAAGCAUGACCCUGAACAGAAACAGAUCUACCGAUUUGUCCGUACGCUGUUCAGUGCCGCCCAGCUAACAGCAGAGUGUGCCAUAGUUACACUGGUGUAUUUGGAGAGAUUAUUAACAUAUGCAGAGAUUGACAUUUGUCCUGCUAACUGGAAGAGGAUUGUGUUGGGUGCCAUCCUGUUGGCAUCAAAGGUGUGGGAUGAUCAGGCCGUGUGGAACGUCGACUACUGCCAGAUCCUCAAAGACAUCACCGUCGAAGACAUGAACGAGUUGGAGCGGCAGUUUCUAGAGCUGCUGCAGUUCAAUAUUAAUGUUCCAUCCAGCGUCUAUGCCAAGUAUUACUUCGACUUGCGUUCACUCUCGGAGGCGAACAACCUCAGCUUCCCCCUGGAGCCUCUCAGCAGAGACAAGGCCCAGAAACUGGAGGCGAUCUCCAGGCUUUGUGACGACAAAUAUAAAGAAUUGAGAAAAGCAGCCAAGAAGCGCUCCAUGAGUGCAGAUAACCUUACAGUGGUCAGAUGGUCACCUGCCAUUAUAUCUUAAUAACAGUGGACUUUGGGGACUCUCAUGAAAGACAGAGAGGAAGAGAUUGUCAGAAGUAGCAUUCUCUAAGAGGACACAUAUGUGCUUAGUACCUUCACAAGACUCUUGAGCCAGUGGCUUUCGUUCAGAAGAGUGUUCUUGCUGGUCAUAAGGCUGCUGCACAUACAAGACACCCACACAAAGAUCACUUUCAAACCUGUGGCUUAGAGGACAAAGAGAAAGACACUGCUGCUACAGUUCCGAAAAACUGAAGGACAUGGAUGAAAGGAUAUAAACGAGGGAGAAUUUCCAAGUGAUGCCCAAUUACAGGAACAGCAUCCCAACAGCUUUGUGUCAUAUGUGUUUGCCAUUCUAGGUGAGGAGGUAUUCGCACCAUGUUUCUUGAUCUAUGGUUAGAACAUUUCAUCGGGGGCACAUGUAUGCUAACAGCCAAAAGUCAGGAUGGCCAAAAUCAACCACUUCUUAAGAUGUUCUCUAGAUAUAGUGGGCCCCAAAAUGUAUUUGACAAUGGAAAUAUUGUUCAAAAUUAAGACAAAAGACAAACAUACAACAUGUCCAUAGUUAGUGUGAUGAACUAGACCUGUGGUUACUCUGCUAGGACACCUGUGUGAAACUGACUUCAUACAUCCACUAAAAAUCCACACAUUAAUUACAUAUUAUUUUGUAGGGAUGUGCCCGAAGCCGAAUACCUUAUUCGGAAAGGCACAAAUAAUGACUUCAAAAUGAAUAACAGAUUCAUCCGAAUAAUAGAAACAAUAUUCGUUUGACUGAUUAUCCAAGAAGCACAAGGAUAAACAACAUUUUAAAUAAACAUAUCCAAAAUUACAUCGAAAUUAUGAGUCGGUGAAGUCACUAUUAGUAGCCUACUAAAGUGUAAAACUUUAAAAAAUGAAAAAGUGCACGGUGUCAUUUCAGAUCGUAUGGGCGCUGUCUCGAGUUAGUUUGCGGUCUCAGUUAAUUGUGCAUCUCCGGAGCUUGUCAAGUGUAACAUUAACUGAGACACUACAUCAGAUACAUUUCCCACUCCUUAAAAUAUCUAUAUUAAUGCAUCACACAUCACAUGAUUCACACGUAUUGAUUUCCAUGUAUUCAUUUAUAAACCAACCUGAGCGCAAUGUUCAAUUCCUGACCUGAAGUGAUGAUUUCACAGCAGAUCACGUCCACUCACCUCUAAAAGUUGACCACAAUUAUUUUCACAUCGCCGAUUAACGUAUCUGGUUAACACUUUAAUCCAAAAGAAGUUGAAAUGCUCCAUAAAGUGUGCAUCUGUUGUUACAAAGAAACUGAAACAUUCACAAUCUUUUUCCCUCCCUUUAAACUGUACUCAAUUUUAAAAUGUUAACGUAACUUUAUUAUUAUUAUUAGACUAUUAUUAUAAUUAUUUUCCAACUAUUUUGCUAAUUCUGUACAUGUAAUUUAACUAAAUAAUGAUGUCCUCCACAUUGUUCAAAUAUGUGUGCACAAAUCAGCCUCGAGUGUACAAUUCCUGAUAUAUUUAUUGGACUUGCACCUAUUUGUAUUCUAAUUUCUUUUAAUGUUUGUAUUUAAUGUUUGCUGCAAACUGUGUGCUUGACAUUUCACAAUUGCUUGACACCUCGUGCCUCAGUUAACAACAUAUUCCUCAGUUCAUGAGUAUACAUAUUCAGCUUCAUCUGGUAAGAAAAAUAUAUCAAUAAUGAUAUAAUGAAAUAAUAAUAGCACAUUAAUAAUAAUACUCAUAGUAUUAAUAAUUAUUAUUAUUUCUAUUAGGCUACUAUUAUGCAUAGGCAUAUACAAGGCAUAUUUUAUUUAUAAAAACUAUACAUGGGUGCUUCGUUUUGUUUUGUCACUCUUCCGGUUUAAGCCCCUCCCACAUUCAGUUCUGUCUGAAUACAGAGACAGAUACAGAUAACUGUGCGACAGUAACAGAUACAAAUACAGAUACAGAAAAUGGCUGCGUUGCACACACCUAAUAUUUUGUAUCUAAUUAAUUGUCAUUCGGUCAUUUUUAAGUGUGAUGUACUGGAACUGUCCAAAUCCUUCUUGGGACCGCUUUAGUAUUCCUUAAAAUAUUUCUGUUCAAACAAAAUGACUGUGACGUGUUUAAUCUAUGAACUUACCACUGUAGUUAUACAUCCUGCUAUUUAACAUUUUGUGAUCUCAUUUAAGACUUAUUAUAAAUUAAAUAACAUGCUUAAUGACGGUUUAUUAAAGUUGAAUGAGUUUUUAACAAUGCUCAUUCAUAGGAAAAUGCACAACUCCAAACACAGUCGGACAUUUCUACUUACUGCGCAUCAUAGGAUGAAUUAUUUUUCAUUUUUAAUUCUAUUUUUUUACUCUUUUCUUCCUUUUUUUGAUCGAGACGGUGCUGUUUAGUGUUAUUAGCUAAGAGUAAUGGAAGUUACUUUACUGAUGAGGAUUUACUAAAAGAAAUACAAGCGGUGGUCCGGGGGGGUCUCCACGUGAUUUUGUUUUGGAGUAGAAGUUUGACAUUCCAUUCUCAGUGACCAUGAACGUGUAUAACAUACACAAUAUUUCUUAUUUUAUGCCCGUGUCUCUCCUUGCUUCACCAAACGGCUUUGAUAUACACAUGCUGUGUCACUCCCAGUUCCAGUAAAUUCUCAAAGAAAUACAUGUGUUGUGCUGUAUUCAGUUCAAUACCUGCUACAGAUUGGAGAAGAUAUUUUACAUGGAUCUGAAACAUCCUUUCAGAUUGAAAACAUUUUCAUGUUAAUAAAGGCAAGACUAAUGGGUCAAUCUCAGGAAACCUGCAACAAACAUGUCUAGGUCAUAUUUAACCUUAUAUAAUCUAAAGAAAUUCUAGCAAAUGGUGUACAUUUAUACAGUUAAAUAAUAUAUAUUAGGGGUGUAAUGGUUCUUGGUAAAAAAAAAAAAAAUAACCGAAGGGUUCGCCAACCACGGUUCGGUAUGCAUUUUAAUAACGCAUCUGGAUCAUACAGUUUGGUGAAGAAUAUAAAGCGCAAAUAGACAUGUGCAGUUGUAACCUCUGCUAAUGCACCUGUAUGGCUCUGUAGAUGGACACACUCCGCAUGUGUUUCACGUGGGUCAACUUGCUACAGAGAGAAUUUGUCCUAUUAACUUUAAGUAUGUUGAAUCAGUUGAUGACAUCACUGUUCUGCAUGUGUAGUUGGCAAAAAUGGCAAGCUGAGAAAACAAGCCGCAAGAGAGAAGCCCCUGUGUCAUAUAAGUCUCCGGUCUGGGAACUUUUUCUUUUUGCAGUCAAUCAAAACAGCAAUGGUCAAAAAACAUUGACAAAACAGGCACUGUUUGCAGACAUUGCUUGACGCCAGUGCCGUAUACCGGUAAUACAUUGAUAUUUGAUUAGCUAAUUACGCAGACAUCACGUGAGGGUAUAUAGAUAUAGGUAUGAUAGGUAUAUAGAGGGUAUAUAUAUACUGCACACAGACAGAAUCCCUUCCGUCUUUGGGUGUUCAUAGCCAAAGUUAUGUUGCCCUUACUCCGUUGAUGAAGAUGUGGGAAUUCUGCAUAUGAUUAUCACGUAUGAGUCGCGUUACGACAUCCAUUCUCUUAUUCAUUUUAAUAGCACAUUUAUUUUUCUAUAGUGAUGUACAGAUUCUGAACGUUGAAUAUACAUCGAGUUGAAUUUGAAACUUUAUGUUGAUGCAUGUCGCGUAAUAAUGCAGGUAUGAGGUUAAAAUGUUGAGUUAGUAAUAAGAGAAAGUUAGUUUUUUUAGUUAAGGACCCUUAUGAAAAUUUACCAUGGCUUUACUAUAGUAAUAUUGUAGUAGCCAUGACUAUAAUAACAAGAACUGUAGUCACCAUGGAUUUCUUAGCAGAAAUCAUAGUUUUGGUACAAUUAACCAUUGUUUUACAACUGUAAUACUGUAGUUUCCAUAUAGUAACCAUGACUUUACUAUAGUAUUAUAAUCAUGUUAAUUUUGUGGUUACUAUGAUUUUUCUACAAAUACAGUGUUUAAUCUAUGGUGACUGUAGUAAAACCAUGGUGAUUUGUAAUGAGGGCAAAUCUCUUGAAGUGUUUGUUUCCAAAUAGAAUAUUUUUACUUUGUAUUUGGCAAUAAUAUAUUUUGUUUCCUGAACAUAGCAAAUGCCGAACUGGACCGAAACCGUGACCCUAAAACCGUGAUACAAACCGAAUUGUAAGAAAUUUGAACGGUUACACCCCUAAUAUAUACAUCAUUUUUUCCUCAUUACAGUAAUUAUAAUUUUGGGUGGAAAUGUGCUUAAAUGUUAUUGAAAUAUUUUUUGUUUAUUGUUUGAAUUAUUCUAAGUUAUUCUAAUUAGGUUCUCAUUACUGUAAUGCAGUAUUUUCUUUACUGUACAGUAAUACAAUUACUGUAAAACAAUGAUUUUUAUUUAAAACUAUCAGCCGUGAAUAAUUAUAUUAAAAGCAGUAGAAAAUACUAGCAAAGUGUAUAAAUACUUUACAAUUUAAAUAAUAUGUUAUUGUUUUAUUUUUUUAUUACAUUACAGUAGUGGGAAUGAGAUUUUCUCAUUACGGUAAUGAGAAUUUAGGGGGCAUUGUGCUUAUUGUCAUUAAAAUGAAUGGUCCAAAAAAUAGUUUUGUUUAUUUUAAGCAAAGUAUAAAGUACAGUGUUUUUUUUAAACAUUGAAAUAUGACCCAGACAUGUUCUUGAAGUGUUUCGUGAGAUUCAUGCUAAUAGUUUCACUGGGGAUAUAAAUAUUUGGACAGACUGUAGUAUUUUGUUUGUCCGUUAUGAUUAUUAUGUGUAAAACUGUAGAGAUGAGAGGAAAUCUUGCUGUACCCACUGCCGUGUACUUCACCUGCAUAUAGCGGGAAUAUGGCCUUCGAUUUAGACAAUGAAAAUGAACUCUUCCAUUCUUAAACUCAAUAUUAUCUGUAAAAUUAGUUUUCCAUUUUACAAUCAGUUCUUCCCAGUUCAAAAGAUCAGCAAUUGUUGAAUUAUGCCACCUGUUAUUUCUGAAAUAUUUGUUCUUUUAUUAGAUUCAUGUGCUAAGAGGGACUGAGAUGUUCAUCUGUGAGAAACUUGGCUCAGAAACACAUUGAGAAUAAAUAAUUAGAACUUCCAAAAAAUAUGUUUUGUAAAUUGUACAUACUUAAACAUGCUUCAAAUUUAAAUAUGAUUUGAAAUAUUUAUAUGUGACCAGUAUUUACUUUUCUUAAUUCCUGAAUUCUUUAGACAAUGAUGUAUAUAAAUCUGAGAAUAUAAAUAUGUGUUGGUUCAGAAGAAUUUUAUUUGAUAUUAAACUUUGUUUGAUCAGGAUUAAAUAUAUUUUCUGGGAUCUGACACUUGUUUUUAAAGUGCACCUAUUAUGGUUUUUAAACAUGGUUAAUUUUGUUUUAAAGGUCUCAUACAAUAGAUUUAAAUGCAUCCAAGGUAAAAAAAUAAAAUGAAAAAAACUUUAAUUUGCUCAGAAUUUAAAUUGCAGCAUUACCAUUUUUUUAACAGUUUCAAACAUGACUCGUUCAAUGAUCCUUUCUAAAGCAUUCAUACUAAUCUCCUUUCAGAGAGCCUACUCUGCUCUGAUUGGUCAGAUGUCCCAGUCUGUUGUGAUUGGUCUACCGCUAAGUGUAGCGUCUGAGGGCAGGUCAAAGCUGUUUGCGAGCAGCUGUUGAAGACCAGAGGCGGAUUUAAUAUUAACAAAUUACGUAGUUUAGUACAGGAAGUAAGUCUGGAAUUACUAACAACUCGUUUCAGCAUUUUGAUUUUUGAAACUUUGCAGAUUUUUUGCAUUCACAAACAGCUAUAACACACUACAGGAAAGGUCAUAUUUGAAAAACCAUAAUAGGUGCUCUUUAAUCACUUUCAUUUGUAAGAUGUUUUUCAUUUUCUAUCAAGUGAAUUUCCAGAUGAGGUCAAUAUGCUUUUCCUCACCACAAAAGUGACAUGAAGCAAUUUCAUAAGGUUAUGUUGCCAUGAAUAUAACUGCUGCAAUAGCUUAACAUUUACUGUAACUUUUUAGCAGCAAUGAAAAAAGCAAUUUUUCAAAAUGUCCAUUAUUAUCAGGCGGUAUGUGUGUGUUAACCUUUACAUUGAUCAUAGUCUGGAAGCUGUUUACUUUAUUUUAUAUCCAAUGCCCAAAAAUGUCUUAACACGUUAACUUCAGAAACAGUUUGACGUACAUUUAGUGCACACUUUGUAUGUUUGUAUACAAUAUCCAGUUAGCUAAAUAAUACUAACACAUAUAAAGGUUAUAUAUUUCAUACAAAAUCUCCCUAAAAUCUUUAUUAUUAUUAUUAUUAUUAUUAUUAUUAUUAUUUCAUGACAAUUAAGCACAACAUUGCCAAUAUUUUAAUUACUGUAAUGUGUCCAGGUAUUAUGAUUUUUUUUAAAUCUCAUUGUAUCCCUCUACUGUAAUACUGUAUUUUUAUUAUUAAAAUCAGCAUUAAGUCAAUACAACAGAUACUAUCACAAUGUAUAAAUAUGUUAUAUUUUAAAUCAGAUAUAGUUUUUUCCUGCAUUACAGUAAUGAGAAUUGGAAGGGUGCUUAAUUGUCCCGUAAAUGUCAGAAUGGAGAAAAUCUUAUUGGUCCUAAAAAUGACCUUAAAUCGCCUUCAUGCAAAAUGUAAUUUCUACGCACUGAUGUCCAGGUUACUUGAACGCAGCUUGAUUGUGAUGACAAACGUGACAUUGUACAAUGCGUUUUGUUUUGGUUUAUUUCCUAGAUAAAGGAAGUUUUACCAAAUUUCAAUGAAGAAAUGGUGCCGCUUUAAUGAAACCCCCUUUGCACAUUGUUAGAGUGUUGGAAACUGUUUGAAAUCAGGGAGAAAGUAAAAAAAAAAAGUCUUUUCUGGAAGGAAAAUGGAUUCAGAAAUGAAAAGACUAACAAAAGGAAUUUGAAGAUUGUAUUAUACUAUUUAUUUGAUGUGAGCAUGUGAGGAUACAGCCCAGUAAACUCCAGUCAUAGUGACAGGUGACAGGUGGCAGUUGGCAGGCGAGUGGUGUUUUAGCCGUGUGCACUGAACUCUACCUCUGCAUUGAGUCUUUUGUUUCUGAGUUAAUACCUCUCUUGCUCUCUCUAUUGGUAAUCUUUCUCAUUUUCAAUGCGAUUUCUAGGAAAUUACAAAUUCAACUCUUUCAGAACAUUUAUACUAUAAAAGUGGUUUCCUGUAAAAAUAAAAACUGCUGUUGUUCAUUAAUGUUCAGUUACUGGUUGUAUGCCUGAUUUUUAUGAAUAAUACAUUGUUGUUAUUGUCAUUUGUUUUAAAGACCUGGAGGCUACAAUGGUCGCAUGCAAUCUUUUGUUCUAAUCUCUGAUUUUAACUGAUGCUCCCGUUCAGAAGCAAUGUUUAGAAACAACCACAAGAAUAAACUUUUAAAAGUUGCAAUAAAAAAACUGUAUGAUUUGAUGUUUUUUUUUAAUAAAGAUUUGACAAAAUAUUUAUACAAGAUAAGGAAUUAAAUAACUAUUCCGGGUUCAGGACAACUUAAGCUCAGUUAACGGUAUUUGUGGCUUAAUGUUGAUUUCCACAAAAAACUAUUUAGACUCCCUCCAGCUUCAUUUAGCCUCCUGAGACCCAACACGACUGCUGUGUGCAUUUUCCAUUUCCCUUUUUCAUUCGUAACUAGUAGCACCUAAUAAACAUUAAAAACAAAAAAAGCAUUUGUAGAGCAAAUAAUUUUCCUAAUAAUGUAUGUCCACAUAUGUGAA